UCCUCCUGGCUGGGGCGCGGGAAGAGGCGGAGGCGGAGGAGGAGGCGGCGCCAGCCUCGCAGUCCGGUCUUUUCCGAAUCAACGGCCAUGGGGACGCUGCCCUACCGAGUCCAGACCCUUGACCCCAAGCUAGCGCUGCAUCGCCUGCAUCGCCUGGCAGCACCCAGGAAAGCGGAAGCGGGCCGCUUGGUUACCGGCGCCUGUAACUCAGAUGUUCUUCAGUUAUCUGAUGAAGUGCCUCAUCACAAAAGAGAUCAGCUAGUCACACUGGAGGAGAUAUGGUCCAAAAUCAUCACGCAGGCCUGCAGAUCAUUGGGAUGCAAGCACCAACUCCAUUUCUUUUGGGCAAACCUGUCACAAAGGCAACAUAAUAGAACAUGUAUGAAGCGUGUUCCAUUCAAGACAGCCAGCUUCUUAGAGAUGCUGCUGACUGCCACAGCUCUUGAGAGGGUAAAGAAACCAGAAGCUUCUAGACAACCCCAGGUUACAGCGCUGGCUCCCUGGCUCAGCUGCUCCGGGGUGGUGCCAAGAUCCUCCCCUGCCUUUCCUCGGCUUUAUGGAUCCUUUCCUGCUCCGGCAACACAUCCCGAGGAAUCCCCCAAGGACUUGAAUGACCUGCUCCUGACGGAGCCUCUGAAACACGCCGACUACUUCAACGUGAAGGAACUCUUCUCCUUAAGGGACCUCUUCGAUGCCCGCGUCCAUCUAGGCCACAAGAAGGGGAGCCGGCACAAAUUCAUGGAGCCUUACAUCUUCGGCUGCCGCCUCGACCAAGACAUUAUCGACCUGGAGCAGUCCAUGACGCACCUGCAGCUGGCCCUCAACUUCACCGCCCACAUCGCCUACCGCAAGGGCAUCAUCCUCUUCGUCAGCCGCAGCCGCCAGUUCUCCCACCUGGUGGAGACGACCGCCAAGGAGUGUGGUGAGUAUGCCCAUACGCGCUACUGGCAAGGGGGCUUGCUCACCAACGCCCACAUCCAGUACGGGGUUGGAGUUCGCCUGCCUGACCUCAUCAUCUUCCUCCACACUCUCAACAACGUCUUCGAGCCUCACAUGGCCCUCCGGGACGCAGCCAAGAUGAACAUCCCAACGGUGGCCGUGGUGGACACAAACUGCAACCCGUCCAUCAUCACAUAUCCCAUUCCGGGGAAUGAUGACAGCCCAUCGGCGGUCAGUCUCUAUCUGAAGCUCUUCAAGAUGACCAUCACAAGGGCCAAAGACAAGCGGAAGCAGAUGGAGGUGUUACGUGGACUGCAGAACAAGCCUGCCAGCAACUGAAGCUGCUUUGUUUCCCUUAAAAAAAAAAUCACUAGUCCAGACGCAAAGGCCCGACUCAGCUUUUCAUAUGGAGGGGAGGAUGGGCAGGUUACUAGCCAAACUUCCCAACAGUAGAACAAGACAGUGCAAGUUUAUUGUGUUAGUCCAAAGACCAUUAAGACGGCUCAAAACUCACAAAGGUGCAGCAGACGAGCAGAAAGCACGACCUAUGUUCUUCUACUAUUUACAAGUUCUACUACUUCCAUAAUUACUAUUGCCUAAUUAUGUGGAGUCGUUAAAAAUAAAAAAGAAUGGCAGCAGCCUUGAAGCUAACUAAUAUUUUAAUGUACAAGCUUUUGUGGAUUAUAAUCUACUUCCUCAGGUGCAGAGUGAAAGCAAGUGCAUGUGUAGGGAGUCUGUUAUUUCACUGCAUGUUUUAGUUGCUGAAACCAAGAAAAGCAGCCAGCGCCUAUAGCAGUUGGGGUUGCAGUGGGUCAGAUCAGGGAAGCAGAGCAGGCCUCUUCAGUUUUGUGAUGUUUCUGAAGCACAGGCGUUCUGCCCCAUUUCAGACCUGCGCUCUCUUUGGAGGGCUCCCUAGAGGUGUGGGUGGCAAACUUCUAAAUCAGUCUUGGGAGCCGUGCUUUUAACAGUAGCUAGAUACACAGGACUGUGGUGAAGCUGUACAAGAGAUUUCUGAUGAACACGAUGACAUGCUUAUUCCUGCUGUUCAAGGCACAGGUUUUGGUUUUGGUUUUGCUGGCUUGUUGGCAGACCUGCUGGAGUUUCUCUGUAGCCCUUCUGGCCAUCUGAGUCCCUUAGUGCUUAAAACAGUGAUAAUUGGACCCGAUAAGUGGUGGGCUUGGGGAACCGGUGGGCAUACUUUACCUUUGAUACUUAGCUUCUCUCUGUGACUGCUUAACUAUGAGAAUGGCUUCUGAACCUUGCCUUUGCCCAAGUUCUGUUCCCAAAGGAUAUGGAGGAAUACAUGCAGUAGAUCCAAGUAGCAAAUCUGUGUUGAGACUGUACCCACUUCAGAUGGGAGCGGUAGUCCCAUGAUUAUAAUGCCCCCCUCCAUCAAGAACAUUGCACAUAGCAAUAGCCUCCUUCCUGACGUGCAAAGACAGGAGUUCCCCAGAUGUUCUUGGACUGUAACUCCCAUCUUCCCCAGCCUCAGUGGCCAUUCACCACUGGCAGUUGUAGACCAAUUACAUCUGGGAAUCUGAGCUGGAAAACCUCAGAGCGAGACUAAAGCUUCCUUCUUGGCAUCCUCAUUUUCAGCACGCAGGAAGGGAUAGGCGGGUUUUGUGGGAAGCACCCCCAUGUGCCAGCACCACUACCCCUACCAUCUGGAAUGGAGGUGUUUUGCUGCUUCAUUCUGAGUCUAUGAAGUGGCCUUGCGGGAAGCAGGAUUGUUGAAACCUUUAGGAAUUGUGUCUUGGGAACUGUUCUUUGGUGUGUAAAAGGCCCCUUUUCAUCUCGCGUCAGCAAACCUUGCAGGUCUCUUUUUGCCAUCUCAUUUGCUGAGCUUGUAGACCUAUUUGUUGACAACUUAAUUUGUGCUCCCCAGCCAACCCCCCCCCCCCCCCCGCUAUUCAUUACACAGAAGGACUCUCCCUAUCAGUGAAGUUGGACAAAUGUUUAAAAAGGGUAAUGGUGGAAAGAUAUUCUUACGGCAUUGGCUAGAACCUCCCAAAGUGUGAAGAGUGGGUGGCAAGCAGCAAAAAGCCACACAGGGUGGCUCAUUUCUUAGUCCUCGAUUAAAACAUUUCCCUUUCUCAAGCUUGGGGUGUUUGUUUUGUUUUUGAGGAAAUUGAAUUGUGUUGCUUCCAAAGCAGACAGUGUUUCGAGGCAUUUAUGAUAAACAGCCACCUGUUUGCUUCCUAAACAGACAAUAAAAACAAUUUUUGUACACGUAA